GGAACCCCACCAUCAGCGCGCAGAAGAGAACAUUCCAGUGGAUGCCUAAGGAACAAGGAGUCAGAGGCACUGAUGAAACUUCUAUACAUAUCCCACCGAUAAGCGCUGAGCCCUGUAUCAGCAUGGAGCCGUAAAAUCCGCACUGACCUCGUUUGUGUCCCGACUUCGCUCUUCUUGUGUCAAAGGGGAUCGUGCGCCAUUUCAUUCCGCCCCGAAUCGCGCAAAGUAGAUAUCUCAACUUCUCGUAAUGGUCUGUAAAGAUCUGUCCCUCGCAGCACGGAGGGAUCAUGAUCACCGCGUUUUUGUAGACCUCCGGGAGCGCCCCUCCCUGACGGUUCCAGAUGGCCUUUUCUGUCCAUACGCCAUACAUUCCGGUAUGGCAUCUAGGCGUCAUCAUCUCACCAUAACAAACUCUUCAGUAUAAAAAACCAACAUCGUGUUGCAUCCGCCAGCCAGUCCAUCUCCCUUCUCCUACUCCUCCGAGUCCACCUCGGAGUCAAAAUAUGCUGCGUUUUGCACUCGCUCUUUCGGCACUCGCAGCCUCUGUCAUGGGCCAGACAUCUUCCAACAGCGUCACGCUCCCUUACGCGACCUACGUCGGGAACCAGUCCUACUCAAACGUCGUCGCGUACCUCGGUAUUCCAUACGCUGAACCACCCCUCGGGAACCUGCGCUUCCGCGCACCUGUCACGCUCAACACGAGCAGGAUCACUGCUUCGGCUGAUGGAAAUUCAAUCCAGGCCACCACGUACCCAGAGUUCUGUGUACAGGGAACCACGCAUCACGGAGAUUAUGGAGGUGCGGGUACCGAGGACUGCUUGAAAGUAAACGUCUACACGCCAGCAGGCGCCACAGAGGGCGAUGACUAUCCCGUUUUGGUCUACACCCAUGGCGGUGGUUUUGUUUACGGCAACCCGCGCAACUGGCCGUUUGACCCAUGGGUGCAUCAAUCCCCCAAUGUCGUCAUUGUAUCGAUCUACUACCGCCUCGACGCGUUCGGCUUCCUGGCAUCCACAGCUAUGGCCACUGACUCAUCUCUUGGUGACCUUAACGCAGGCUUCCUCGACCAAACACAGGCCUUGCGCUGGGUUCAAGACUACAUUAGCUACUUUGGCGGCAACCCCAACCAUGUCACAAUCAAUGGCCAGAGUGCCGGCGCAACCAACAUCGAACUGCACAUGAUCUCGACUGUUGGACGCGACCUCUUCCAAGGCGCUAUCAUACAAAGUACAUACAGGGCACCGUUGCAGACCCCAGCGGAGUCGCAGCCUCUGUUUGAGUGGCUCACGUCGUACAUCGGCUGCACAGGCUCGGAUGCUGCGAUUAUGGCUUGCAUGCGUAAUGCGAGCGUGGCUACUAUUGCAUACGCACAGGAUUACGCUUACAUUGGUCCUGGAUUCAACGCGAGCCUCUACAACGAAUUCCACCCCGUCCUUGACGGCACGAUCUUCACUGGCUACCCUACCGCUCUCUUCCAAUCGGGUGACUUUGCACAGGUCCCCCUGCUAAUUGGUUCGACAUCCAAUGAAACGUUGUCUUCUGGGGGCAACAUUCCUCUCUCGCUCGAGUCGUUCUUUCCCAGCAUCACCCAAGCCGAGAUCACCAACAUCACCGCACUCUACCCACUCAGCGAAUUUGCAAACGCCUCUCAGCGGUACCAGGUCCUGACGGGCGAACCGGACGUCAUCUGCGGUCGCCAAGCAUUGGGAGUUCCCUCCUCACAAUACUCCAACGUGUGGUCGUACAGAUACAACACGCCUAACCCGACGACCAACUCGCCCUACGUUGCCCAUUCCGCCGAGAACUGGAUGAUGUUCCAGGGCAUCAACACUGGACCCAACGGCUCAGGCACCUUUACCACCCAGACACCCGUCGAGCUCUCUUUCGCCGCCGAGCUCAUUGGCUACUGGCUCUCUUUCGUGCGCGUAUGGAACCCGAACACCUACAAGCUCAGCACGUCACCCGAGUGGGACCAGUACCGACCCGGAAAUAGCGAGGCAGUCCGCCUGGUGCUGCAGCAGGACCCGGCCGGCCUGACGACGCAAUCGGGCAGCUACAUGGAGACGCAGCCGGUGAACGAGACGGAGCGGUGCGACUACAUCAUCAGCAUCGUGCAGGACUUGCAGAACUGAGGUGGGUCGGUGCGUGCUGCAAGCACCUUUUGGAUUAUGGACUGGACUAUGGACUCGGACUCGUGCUUGAACGUGCUUGGAAAUGCUCUCCCCGUUCUUUUUCUUAUCGACAGUCAAACGGGACUACAUUUGGUAGAGUUGACAAACAUUCCUACGCAUUGUAUUUUCUUGGGACAAUGGGUUUAUAGGUUGGACAGUUGCUCCCUACUUAGUCUUAACCUUCGGACACCACUUUAUACCUUGCCUCUCUUUAUUGCUAUCUUGGGUUAUUCCCGUUAGUGAUACGUUACCACCUCUUCGAAUUCGUACGGAAGUCUUUGGACUAUAUUCCAUAAUCAUGUAGCUCUGCAAUGCCGAAGCAGAAUCGCCGAUGUUGCCCCUCACUGUGGUGGUUUGAUAUAAAUUGCGGCGCAAGAU